CAAUAGGAAAUACUUCAUAAUCUUAGCUGCUUUUCCCGCUUCUUCCUCUAAGAAUGUGUAGAAAAUUUUCUCCAAGUGACAAUGUGUCUACAUAUCAUCCAUAACGAUCCAGCACCUUCAUUUGCCUUCUCGUUGAGGAUGUUGUAUUACCAUAAUUUGCCGUACCAAGCGUUGAAGAAUAAUGAAGAGCAUUUGGAAUAUGGCAUGCAGCUAUGGAAUAAAUUGGACAAAGAGAGACAAAUAUUGCAAAGUGGAUCUCUUUUAGCAAUGUUGGCCUUACAUCUGGGUCAACCAAAUAUUGCUUUAGAGAUUUUAGAGUCCAACAGACAACCACAUUUUAUACCAGUGUUUAUUCGGCUCAUUGCACAAUCCGAUUGUGGCCAUUUUGCAGAGGCAGCACAACUAAUUGAACAACAGAAAAAUAAUAUCACAAAAUUCCACAUAUACGCUAGCGUGACUUUUUAAAUGGAUUUUUGUUAUUGUGAAUGCGAGCGCCAUCUGUAAGAUGCAACAAAACACAUUUGGGACAGAUUAGACAUGUCGUUAGUGUUUUCGGUAACAAAAUUUAUAUGGGAAUUCCUAUAAUAGACCACGGCUAUGCAUAGUAUGGCCAAGAAUCGUACCGAGUAUAAUAUUAUAAAUGGUAGCAAACGACAAGUGUCAUACGCUAGGGGACAUUCAUACUAGAAAAACUAGUGAAACUAGCAGCAACUAGCAGCGACUAGCAAGCACUAGCGUAUUAUAGUCCAAAGCAAAUAAAUUGAGGCAUGUAAAAUAUAUUGUAGCAUGCGUAAGUCGCUUGCAAACGAACCAAGUGAAUAGC